GACUUAUAGGUCCUCUUUUGCCCAUGGACAGUCAUUUGGAGAGGCAAAAGGAAAUAACUAUCUAAUGCAGUGUCUUUUUAGAGAACAUAUAAAACAAUGGAAUUCCGCUCUGAUUUAGAAAAUUUGGACGAAGAUGGGUAUACUCAAUUAGACUUCACCUCUAGAGGCAUCACCAGAAGACCUGUGAAAGGUGAUCAGAAGGCUUCUCCUCCUUGGCGGCUGAUUGCUGUGACAAUCAGUGUUAUCUGCUUGAUAACACUGGUGAUAGCUGUAGUUCUGGGUGUCCUAGCAUUUAGGAGAUCCAAUUCAGGCAGUGACCCAUUGGAAAAAGAGAACUUUACAUUAAGAAAUAAAGAGAAUCACAGUCAACCCACAAAAUCAUCUUUAGAAGAGAAUGUGGCUCCUACCAAGACUCUCAAAAUCACAGGACCCUUUUCUAGCCCGUGUCCCCCUAAGUGGAUCAUACAUGAGAAGAGCUGUUAUCUAUUUAGCAUGUCACUAGAUUCCUGGCAAAGAAGUAAGAGCCGAUGCUCUCAGCUGGGCUCUCAUCUCCUGAAGAUAGACAGCUCAAGUGAAUUGGAUUUUAUAGAAAGCCAAGUGUCUUCCCAACCUGAUCAUUCAUUUUGGAUAGGGCUCUCUCGCCAUCAGAGUGAAGAACCAUGGCACUGGGAGGAUGGAUCCACCUUCUCUUCUAAUUUGUUUCAAAUCAGAAGCACAGCUACCCAGGAAAAUUUGCUUCACAACUGUGGAUGGAUUCAUGUGUCCACUGUUUAUGACCAAUACUGUUAUGUGACCUCAUUCAGUAUCUGUGAGAAGAAGCUGUCGAAGUAAGGGGGAGGAGAAGUAAUCAAAGGAGAUAAGUAUAUGAGACUGUAUGGAUGGCAAAAACAGAAGAGUGAUAUUUGAGGUAUAAAUAGAUGCUGAAAAUGUUAAAAGUGCAUGGCAAACUUAAAUCUCAGCUGAGAAAUAGGAUAUAGAGGCUGUGAUUUCUGUACUUGUCAGCUCCAUAGGGAGGCCAAUCUUAUGCUAGUGAACACAGUCCUACUCAUGGAGUCAGGGCAGCUAAGCUUGAAUUUUUGUUCUACCAUUGCUAAGCCACAAGUCCUUGGUGAUUUCAAAGGAAUCUUCAUUUUUGGCUCUACCAGAAUUUUAUUAUUAUUAUUUUUUUAUCCUCAAAAAGUUCCAAUGAGGGCUGGGGUUGUGGCUCAGUGGUAGAGCACUCAACUAGCAUAUGUGAGAUGCUGGGUUCGAUCUUCAGCACUAUAUAAAAAUACAUAAAUUAAAUAAAGGUAUUGUGUCCAAAUACAACUAAAUAUAUAUAUGUAUAUAUAUAUACACACACACACACACACACACACACACACAUAUAUAUACUUUUUAAAGUGCCAAUGGAGUGUCAUUGUGUGUUUCCUUAAUUUGUUCCUCAACUUCUACCAGUAUAUCAUGCUUGGGUAGAAGGUAAAAUGUAGUUCUGAAUUACCUAAAUAAAGAAAUGGAAAAAAAUCGUCACUAUAAUCAGAGGUAUCUUGUUAUUUUUCUUAAUAUGAUCAUAAUUAUGAACAUCAUCACUAAAAACCAGCAACUGCAACUAAAUAACCCAGAGAGUAUGCCAUCCGUAGCUUUACUAAUAGCUGUAUAAUGUGAAAUUGGAGGGAAGAUGGUCUUUAUGAAAACUUUCUCCUUUUCAAAUAUUAUAAAUCAAAAAAUAAAUAAUAUCUGAUAACAAAUACAAAAGUAACCAAUCUUAUUGGCAGAAAUAUUAAUACGUUGGAGAAAAGGUACAUUAUAUUAUUUUUAUAAUAUACUGUUUUGCAAUUUGUACCAAUUCCUGAUCACUGUAAAAUAUUAUUGGAAUGUAAUUAUAUUUCAUCAUGUGAUGAUUUAUUUAUUUUCUUUUAAAUUGUCUCAUUGAUGUUAUUUAUAUUUUCAAUGGGGAUUUCUGUAUUAUUGGGGAUAUACAAAAUUAUUUGUAGCUUUCUCAUGUUGAUUAAUGUGGGAAAAGAAACUGUGCCGAAUUUACUGAAUUGUUUAUUAUACAGUGGUUAAUUUUAUGUAAUGUAGAUUUCACCUCAACUAAAAUAAAAUGCUUUGGCUUCUAAA